AUCGUGGUACGGCGCCCGUGCACUGUGAACCGUUUGCCUUCAAAGGAAGCGAUUGGAAGUGAUGUAAAAUCGUAGCAACCUGCUUGAAGGAAGAAAGUGAGAAAAGCAGCGAAAACGAAGAAGCAGCGACAGUCAGUCGGUUUUUCGGGGUCACUUCCGUGGUCGGUUCUGCACACACAUACCGUUUAUUAUUUAUUUUUUGUCCACUGGACUUGUUCGCCUCCGCUCGCUGUGUGUCUGCCAGGCAGUGCUGUAGGUUGGCCGUCGAAGAACGGCCGAACGCGCGGGUGUGUGCAAGUGUGUGCCUGUGUGCGUGCGUGCGUGUGUGUGUUUUGUGUCACGCGUAAGAGUGUGCGCGAUCUUGCUCAUCUCGGUGACGCGUGCGUACGUACGUACCGGGUUCUGAUGGUGGUGGUGUUUGGUGUGUGCGUGCGGUGCGCUUCGACUGCGCUGCGUGUGUGUUAGUGAGGUGCGGUGCGCUUGAAUGGAAAGCAAAGCAAACCAGCAGCAGCAGCAGCAGCAGCAGAGUCAGUGUGUAGGACGAGCCAACACGGCGUUCCAUUAAUACAAACGCGCGACAUGCCAAGAAGUGAACGACGAAGGCGAGCGAACGUAUCUUUGCGAGGCGCGCAAUCGAAAGCGAAAAAGUGAAUUUCAACAAUUCCCCACGCAGUGCAGCACCGUUCCAGCUUGCUAGCGCCCUAGCACCGAGUGCCGUGCAAUUGUUUUUCAGGGAGAGGGUGUCCAGCAGGAGGACCCCUUAAUUUGUGCUUGCCUGGUGGUCCAUCCCAAGCAGCCAAGUGUUGUGUGCCGUGUGUGUGAUUUUUUUUUUUCGCUCGUAAUGUGCUACAGCAUGAGUGGGUGAACGCAAUCGAGAGUGUGAAACAAUAGUGAACCGAAAAUCUACACGCAUACACAAACACACGCGAGCGCGUGCAGUUACACACGGGUGGGGUGGCGAAAAAGUGGUGUGGGAGGGAGUGCAGUGCAGAAAGGAAUGCAUUUCGCUUUUCUUCAGUGGCGGCCGUCAGCAACAUCAUCAUCAUCAUCUUUCACGGACACCAUCGGUGGGUACCAUCAUUACCACACCCCGACGUUGUUGUCGUCGUUGCCGUUCCUGGCCGACAAGUACACAACGGGCUGCUAGAUUGGUUCAUUGAGAUUCGAGCGAAAUAGCUCACGCGCGAGCGAGAAAGAAGAAGCGCGAGAGAGCGAGAGAGAGAGAGAGAGAGGCGCAGUUUGACGUGUGGAACAGGACACCACCGACAGGAUCAAAACUAGCGUUCCAUACUAACUAGCAUCAUCGUCACCAGCGGGAUAAAUCAAGCUUGCAAGGAGUAGGUGUUCCUGUCCGUGGGUGCUGUUGAGAAUUGAAGCUAUGCCUACUAUGCUGACUAUCGUGGAGAAAUAAAUCAAUAAAAGCAGUUCCCUGCAGCACUUCAGAUAGCUGUCUACAAAAUCGCCAAAGUUCUACACUGGUCCACACGACGCUCAUGUGCAUGCCUACUUCACCUGGAAGUACCAGCGAAAGUCAACCCUGUUAAUUGUGUGUAAAUAUAACACACAACAUAAGCGACGACGCGACGGUGCAAGCCAGCAACAGCCCUUACUGCUUAGCUACAAUCGAUCCCAGCCGCGAUCGCGUGAUCGAAUGUGCUGUGCGUGCGUUUGUACCUGUGUCUGUGUGUGUGAGCCGUUCACAAGUGGUUCGCGUUGAAUUGACCAGCCGCGGGUCAUUUGUUUUACCCGAAAGCAGUGUGCAACAUUAAAUUUUAGGGUCAUCGAAUCGUAGCGUUUUGCCAGACAGGCAGCCAGUCAGUCAGAACCCAGGUUUUGCCUGCUGCUACUGUAAACCCUUGCGUCCCAUAGGUGUCGAUGUGUGGUUUGGCAGUGUUGUCAGUGUUGGGUGCACGCGUUGUAGAGUGAGUCGGCGGCAUACAAAAAGCUAGUAGUGAAAGUGGUGUUGCAAAAAUAAAAAUAAUCGCUUCCAAUCGUCCAUCGUGUCCAGUAAAGCAGCAGCUGGUGGCGUGCAGAUCAACCGCGAAGAAGCAACAAAUAAGUGAAACAGAAGAAAACACUCUCUAUAACGUACACACACACAGAAAUAUACACCCAACACAUGUACGUGCGCACCCACCUAGUUCGGUACACGGUGUGGGCGUGAAGAAUUUCGGAAUUUUUCCACCGGUUAAGAUUUCCGCGCACGCAACCGCAACGUACACACACGCACACGCGAAAAUUGCAAUCGUGAGAGCGCGAGCUCAACGACACCCAGUAACCCAACCCCAACUGGCAGCUGAUCAACGGAGCAGGGGGUGUUAGUCCGGUCAACAGCAUCGGUACACUAUUUUGGGUCGCCAUUCGGAUAACAAAAAGCCGCCAACCUGGAACUAAUGGAAUUAGAGAAUAUCGUGGCCAAUACGGUCUACCUGAAGGCGCGUGAAGGAGGCUCCGACAGCAACAAAGGAAAGAGCAAAAAAUGGCGCAAGAUCCUCCAGUUUCCUCACAUAUCGCAAUGCAUCGAUCUCAAGAACAAAAUAGAUGUAAGCUAUGGUUAUGUAGUCGAUCAGCAGCCCAUCGGACGUGAGCUGUUCCGUCAGUUCUGCAAGGUGAAACGACCGCAGUACUCCCGGUAUAUCACCUUCCUCGAUGACGCCACAAGAUACGAAAUUGCGUCCGAUGAGCAUCGUGUCGAUCUGGCGUACGAGGUCGCCAAACGCUAUCUCGGCCUGUGCACCGAAAGCCAACGGGAGGACAGUGGUGGAGGCGGCGGUUGCGAUAGUGACGGUGGGAAGUGCGACGACGACAGUGGCAUCGGGGGCGACACGAAGAAGCUCAGCAACCACGACGAUCCGGAGAAAAGCUUGACCGGCUCGAACUCGGUCACCACCAAUACCAUCAACAACGAGAAGGACGAGUUCGUGCUGGACGUGUUGAACGAUGAUAUGGUGACGCAGAUUCGGACCAAACUGGCGACCGGCAGCAAAGAGUUGUUCGAGGCUUCCAUUACGGCGGUACGGGCUUUCCUGGCCGGCGAGCCAUUCCGGGAAUUUGAGGCUUCAAUGUACUUCCACAGAUAUUUACAGUGGAAGUGGCUCGAGGCCCAGCCGGUUACUUACAAAACUUUCCGCAUGUACCGUGUCCUGGGAAAGGGUGGUUUCGGUGAAGUCUGCGCAUGUCAGGUACGGGCCACAGGAAAGAUGUACGCGUGCAAGAAGCUGGAGAAGAAGCGCAUCAAGAAACGGAAGGGCGAAUCGAUGGUGCUGAUAGAAAAGCAGAUACUGCAGAAGAUAAACUCUCGCUUCGUGGUGAACCUGGCGUACGCAUACGAAACCAAGGACGCCCUCUGUCUGGUGCUGACGAUUAUGAACGGUGGUGACUUGAAGUUUCACAUCUACAAUAUGGGCGGUGAGCCUGGGUUUGAACUGUCCCGGGCACGGUUCUACGCGGCGGAGGUGGUCUGCGGGCUGGAGCACCUACACCAGCAGGGAAUCGUUUACCGAGAUUGCAAACCGGAAAACAUUCUGCUGGACGAUCAUGGUCACGUGCGCAUCUCGGAUCUCGGGCUGGCCGUGGAGAUACCGGAGGGCGAGAUGGUUAGGGGGAGAGUGGGUACAGUUGGCUACAUGGCACCGGAAGUUAUUGACAACGAGAAGUACGCGUUCUCGCCGGAUUGGUUCAGCUUUGGCUGUUUGCUGUACGAGAUGAUCGAGGGACAGGCACCGUUCCGGGCCCGUAAAGAGAAGGUGAAGCGGGAAGAGGUCGACCGGCGGGUGAAGGAAGAUCCGGAGAAAUAUUCGCACAAGUUCAGCGACGAUGCGAAAACGUUGUGCCAGCAGCUGCUGAUGAAGGCGGUCAAAAGUCGGCUCGGGUGCCGCAAUGGGCGGCACGGUGCGCGCGAGGUUAAGCUGAAUCCAUUCUUUAACAGUAUUAACUGGAAACGGCUCGAAGCUGGUUUGAAUGAUCCUCCGUUUGUGCCGGAUCCACACGCCGUUUAUGCCAAAGAUGUACUGGACAUUGAGCAGUUUUCCACCGUGAAGGGCGUUAAUCUCGACGCGACCGAUGAGAACUUCUACACCAAGUUCAACACCGGCUCAGUAUCGAUACCGUGGCAGGACGAGAUGAUCGAAACGGAAUGCUUCCGGGAGCUGAACGUGUUCGGUGUGAACGAAUGUCCGACACCCGAUCUGCUCACGAACGCACCACCGGUAGUGGAGAAGCCUGGUUGCUUUCCAUUUAGAAGAAAAGUAAAAAAAACAAACGCCCCGCGAAAAGCCGGUUCCGUUCAACGAGAAACUGCUAUCCUCUAGUCAAACAACGGUGAGCUGCAGCCAGGCGCCUAACGAGAGUUGAUAGGAGGAGCCGAACUGCUGGGACUACAAUCAGGCGUGCUGUUCCCAGCUGCAGCCCGGGGAGGUUAUGAUCUCUUGGCGGCCGUACGUUGACACAGAACCCCGAAACGUGGCACAUCCAGGCGAUGAUGAGCAGGCGGGAUUAGUAUUCUUAGUAGCGCACGGUAGUAGCAACCAAUGACGUACGGAACAACCAAACUGUGUGUGUUGUUCGUGCAGUCCGCAGAUUCGGUGCCAAACCUCGAGUUUGUAAACCAUUCCUCCACCGGGGGUUGUCCUCACCAUCUGCGGGACCGUGUGUGUGUUAUUUUCGCACAGAAAAAGCGUGACACAAAGCAAAAAUACGUGCACAAGUAAUUGAAUCUUCUACCACGGCGGACCAUUCAGACCGUCUCUCAUCCUCAAACCCACACACUCACUCACUCAGUCAAUGGUACACAAAUUUAGUGAUUGCACAUGAACAGUUUCUCAUAACGCACAAAUAGUAAUUAAUGAACGGGAGAGCGUGAGAGAAGGAAUCCAGUUUGUUGGAUCAGUAUUUUUGGCGCUACCGUACGCUAACAAUACGAUGCAAAUCCUUUUUUUUGUAAUUUCGUUGCAUUUGCGAGCCAUUAAUGGAGACAAAUGCUUGCACGGUACUUCACAUUUAAGAAGUAUGCGUGAUUUGUUUGUAUGAGAAUUAUAGUUUUUUGACUACACAAUUAGAUCGGUUUGUUUUUAUUUGUUCUAUCUAUUGUCGACGUCGCACAGUGUUGUUUUUAUUUUAAAUUUUUCGGAGCUCGAAUUUGGAAUCGCCUAGAAUCGCUUAGUCUUGUGUUAAUCUUAAUACUGCCACGUGUACAACACAAUCAAUGGAUGCGAACAAGAAACAAACCAACAGCAGCAAAACAAAUCUUACCAAAGCUAAAAUGGUGUCCUCCCCCCUCCCACCCCCCUUCCCGCGUCUUUCAUCGCGCACUGGCUAAAGGCAGGCAGUUUUAGAGUGAGCUUGCUUCUCGCGAUCUCUUCUCGAGAGUUUUGAGUGCUGGGACGGCGAUGAUUUCCGCUUCAAGCGUUUUUUUUUACUGUAAAAGUACAUAAAAAGCCUCACAAUUGCAAUUAUGAUUGGUUUUUCUCUUACGUAGUUGGAGCACCAAGACCAGUUAACACACGUGCUCAGAUCAAAAGCACAAGAAGAAGCUUUUUGGUAAUAUAUUUAAAAAAUAAUCCGCUUGUGUGCUUGUGAGUGCAUACCAUCGCGGCAGUUCUUGCUCUGUUACUAUGUUACCCGACAAAUGCUCAGAAAUGCUCAUAAACAAUCCAAGUAUGCAUGAUUUAUGCUUCCGGCAAGCUAUUUACACUCCCAAGCAAAAGAAAAAUAGUCUUUGGCCGGCGGAAUACAUUUUAACUCUAUACUAGCCUUUAGUUUCUUAGCAACGGACGUGCAUUGUGAACGCGAUUGGGUGCCGAAGCAGUACUGUCAGUGGAAACGGGAAUGGGGGAAAAGUACUUAAAAAGGAAGUUAAAAAAUGAAACUCUUAAUAUUCGAAUGGUUGAAAAGGAAGCAGCCCUUUUUAGCAGCCGUUUUGCAUACUCACAUGUACUAAUCAAUUAUAACGUAAAUAGCAGCUCUAUCUUCCCGGCUACUGGAGCACGGCUGUAUGGCCGAGCGGACCGAUAAGAAAUGGAAUAACUCAACUCUAUUCGCACGCAUACACUAUUCAUAAUUAUAGACACUAAAAACUAGUUACCGCAAACGUGUAAAGAAUAAAACCUCGGUAAGAAUCGAGGGGGACUAAUAGGACGGACCGAGAGAGUAAGAGAGAUCGGAACAAAGAUUUAACAAAAAAAGAAAAAAAAACACACGUCAAACACAAAGUAUGAGUGAAAGCAAUCAUUUACUAGGGCUGUUUUAGCUUUAAUCAAGGCGUGCGGUGGUAGGAGCAAGGAAUUUGUUAGCGUUUUUACCGAAUCUUUCAAGUAUUGUGUUCAAAACAUGUAGUAUCAUCAUCCCGCACGCGGCGGAAGCACAAUUUAGGGUCGAGCAGCAGGAUGUGCUUACGUUUUGUUUUGCUUUUUUUUUUAAAUAAUUAUUUUAAAUUGUACAGCUAAACGUGUGUGCCGCACAAACGAUAAGGUUUAAGUUUUACUACGCAAACGGAACUCGGCACUUUAAGGUUUUAUUUAAAACGUUUAAACGGAGCAAAAUCAAGCGCACACAAAAAAAGUAUAAACAAAAGCAGUUUUUUUGUGAUUGCGAGCGAACCUAACUGUGCCGCUAAUUGCACUACUACUACUACAGGUGUAAUGUAUGAGCUUUUGUUUUAAAGCAAGUUUUUUUCUUUUAAGCCAAGACCACGUGUGUUACGUUCGUUUUGCCGAGAUGCUGUAGGAUGUGUAGAUUGUUAGCAUACUUACGUUAGGGAGGGAUUGAGUGCCGUGGUUCUCCGAAAGACAGGGCAAGGAGAGCUAGCUCAUGCUGUACACGUCUAUACAAGCUGCUGUAGCAUACCGAAACACAGAGCAAAACCUCCUCAAGAUGUGUUUUUCUUUUAAUAAAAAAAAACUUACUGUAUAUAGUAGCGGUUAGCAGAAGGUAGAAGCAGAAAGGUCACCCUCUCUCCCUCCGAUUGUCCUGCAGUGGAAAAAAAUGGAAUCCUAGUAGAUACCAGCGUAAUGGUGGGUAGUUGUGCUGUGUGCUUGGGGGGUCAGGUUUGAUAGUACGCUACCAUUUUCGGUAGCGUAGGUAGCGGACACAUCCCUCAUGGCGUUGGCAAAAGAUAUUUAAAGAUCUUCUAUAUGUGUGUGUGUGUAUGUUUCAUACCUUCCUUAUUUGACACAUAUUGAGAAGUACAAGAAUCUGGUAAUAAAACUAAAUGAUACAUUCGAUGGCUACUAUAUUGGAAUUCGCUCCCCUGUCGGUACAAGCUCGCCGGUGGUGGUGCGAUGAAGUUAUAGUCGAGGUGUAGCCAAAAAUUGGCGUCUUCAUGAAGCUCAUUUAAUAUGAUCAUACAAAACAGAAACAAAUUCUGAGGGUUCAGGUGGUAGUAGAAGGCACAUAACCUAAACCUGUGUGCGUGCGCAAGCCUGUUUAGGCGGUGGCAGUUGGACUGUAUUUGCUAGUGGCGGAAAGCGGCACUGAAAGCCAAGCAUAGAAUUUCGAUGAUAAUUAUUAAGUGACACAAACAAACAAACAGAAAAUACACACUCAUACACACACACACACACACGAAACAAACAUGAGAACUAUAUGGAACUUUUUACGUGUAAUAUCAGAAUGCAGAUAGUAAAGGAGAGCAAGAGAGAGUGUGUGGAAAUGGAAUAAAUUCCAAAUUUUUGAACAGCAGAAGGGGAAGGGAAUUAAGUUUGCCGUGCGUGCGUGCAUGUGUGUCGAAUGGCUUGGGCAGGAUGCAAAACUUUGUGGCAAGGAAGAGUGCUAGAAUCGUAGAAAGUGAGAAAAUGCAUACAACUAAAUAAUAAAUAGAGAAAUUUAAAUUAAA